AUGGAGGUCAUCAAGAAGAAAGAUGGCACGUACCAGCACGGCGCCACGCUCAUCCUCGAUGAAAGCCCUCAGACGUGCACCUUUGAGGAUGGAAAAGCUUUGUAUCUCACAGCUGCGCGCGUCCUCGAGUCCAUCAGCGCUAAGCUGUUUACAUGCAAGCCACCGCCAAUGCUCCUCCCCAGCAUCGAUGACAUCUGUCGCAAGGAUUACGCAGUUGAAGGCCCUCGCAUUCCCUACGAGUACAGCAUGGAGUUCGUUAUCAGUAACAUCAACAUCUUGGCAGGCCAGCUUCAAUGGGUCGCGAAUCCAGACCGUGAAGACAUCGACCCCGAAGUCAACAAGGGCAUCUUCUUCCUCAACUGUGACUUACAGCACUCAUUCAGCCACUGGCUCCCGAACAUUCGGUACAAUGUAAUCGUGAUGACGUACCUAUGGGCACUCGAUGUAGCCGGCUGUAUAGAUGAGGAACUUUGCAAUGUUCCAGACGUCUAUUGGUUCUGGAAGUCAUUCAUAGAGGCAUGGGUAGCCUCACUCAAGCCCGAUAGCACGUUUCACAAGCAGAAGGUCUUCCUUGACGUCUGGGAGUCCUCAAAUCUCGAUCUGAUCCUCUUUCGCCACAAGAACACGGAGAAGAUCAAAAUCUAUCUCGCCCAACUCAAGGAGAAGAUGCCGAAGGUGCCGUUCGAAGAUGCGCGGAAGUUCAUUGAGUUGUGCGACUCCGGCAGCAUCACUAUGGAUGAACUCAAGCAAGUUGGCCCAACCUAUGCAUUGCACUUCGUGCUCGCAAACAUCCAGGAGGCCACGGAGUUUGAUAAUUACAUGGCACAUAUAGCGCGUGAGCGUGCCGAGGAGAAAGCACAACUGGUUGAGAAGGCACGCGUGGAUCAAGCCAUUCGUCGUGCAAGUGCCGAUGACCAUGGGAUGGACGUGGAUGAUGACGACGACUUCAAAGACGUCCACUUUCCGGAGGACGAUGACGAGGAUGAAGACAUGGGUGAGGCAUCGCCCGCCCUGGACGUCUCUCGUGUAGAUUGGGAUGAUGAGGUCCUCAGAGGCUUGCUGAACGUGCAUCCCAGCACAGACAUUAGCGUGAAGCUCGUUAAGGAGCAGCGCCCUCGCACAAGCCGCCAACCUUGGAUCACCGAGGAGAAGGCCAUGGAAAUCAUCUGGACCAAGACAGACAUGGUGAGCGACCUCUUGGACAGGUUGACUCUUUAA